AUGUCGGUCAAGUUUGAACGGGACACAUUCCAGCAGACGGCGCAAAGCGUCGUGGGCAAUGCGGCCAAGAGCGGCCAGAUCCCCGGCACCAGCGGCAAGCACCCACUCGCCGAGAAGCUCGGCACCGCUCUGACGGGCGGUCUCGACAAUGCUGGAACCAAGGGCUAUCUUUCUGUGCGUAGCCUCGCCCCUUUACCCUCGCUGCAGGCCUACAUCAAGCAGCUCGAGUCCAACCCGCUCCGCACCAAGAUGCUCACCGCUGGCGGCCUCGCCGGUCUCCAGGAGCUCCUCGCCUCGUUCCUCGCCAAGGACCGCAACAAGAACGGCAACUACUUCACCUCGCGAGUUCCCAAGAUGGCCGCCUACGGUGCCCUCGUCAGCGCGCCCCUCGGCCACGUCCUCAUCUGGCUGCUGCAAAAGGUCUUCCACAACCGCACUAAUCUCAAGGCCAAGAUUCUGCAAAUCAUCGUCAGCAACCUGGUGAUUGCUCCCAUCCAAAACAGCAUCUACCUCGUCGCCAUGGCCCUCAUCGCCGGCGCCCGCACGUUCCACCAGGUUCGCGCCACCGUCAAGGUCGGUUUCUGGAAGGUCAUGAAGGUAUCCUGGGUCGUCUCGCCCCUCUCCUUGGCCUUUGCCCAGCAGUUCCUUCCCAACCACCUCUGGGUGCCCUUCUUCAACGUCAUCGGCUUCGUCAUUGGUACAUAUGUCAACACCACCACCAAGAAGAAGCGCCUCGCAGCCCUCCGCAAGAAGCACUUCGGUGACGGCCGCAGCAACCUGGGCCGCGACGACUACCCUCCUCCCGGCAUGGGCGGCCCCAUGGGCGGUCCUAUGGGCCCCAACCCUCCCUACUAA